AUGCACACAUCUCCUUGCAGCGAGGAGAUGGGAGAUGCCCCUUCGGUUGAUAUUGUCGACAUCUACGAAUCCAUCCGUGAACGGAGGCGUCACGACAGUGAAAGAUCUACUUGUAGCACCUUGGAACGGAAUGACAUAGAAGCAGUUGAGACCCUUGUUUGUAUGAGCUCCUGGGGUCAAAGAUCACAGAAAGGCGACCCAUUAAAAAUAAGACCUUUAACGCCUGUCUCAGAUUCUGGGGAUUUUGUAGGGCAGAAUGAACCUACAUCUGAGAUGCCCAAGGAUUAUAACUUUUUAUCCACUCUGUGCAUGACCCCACCAUACAGUCCAGAUUUUGUUGAGCCUUCUACAGCGUCACUGCCCUCCUCCCAAACAACUUACUCAAAACCUAGGGCAAUCAAGGCAAGCGUACCUGCCAGCGUAGUCACUCCUCCAAGUUGUACUCUUACUGCCACCCAGCCAUCUGUUUUGAACAUGGAGAAGCAAUCCAACCAGAUGCCAGCAAGGACUGAGCAACCUGUUCCUCCGCUUUGCAGAGCUAUGGCAACUAGUGUGAUCCGUCACACGGGCAACAGUUCUGGUUACUCCCACAUUCCUGGUGUGCAAGUGAAACCAGAAGUUUCAUCGGGCAGCAGUGGGCCUGCAGACUGGCAGGAGGCCCAAGGCCAGCAACAUUCCAGAGCUUCCCGGGAUUGCCAUAUUGCAGAGAACUUGACUUGUGACCCUUCACUUGCACACAGAUCUUCCUCACACGUCUCAGGUUGCUCCAGAACUGCCAAUAAAGGAUGUGAAAUUCCAAGGCUUGCUUUGCAGCAGUCUCUUUACCCAAAGAAUUGUGAGCAUGAUAUGCAGCAAAAGACCAGCCCCCUUCUACCCUCCCCUCUCUCAAAUCCACAGGUGAUCUGUCAAAUGAUCCCCUUCGAUGGACCAAGAGGUAUGGUCCCUGCCCUAUUAAAACCUUCUGCUCAGACUGCAGGAACCGUCAAACGCAUCUUACCCCACGCGGCUCCAGUUUCUCAGCCUGUCCUGAUGGGACCUUCUAUGCCUCAGGGGACUGUUAUGUUGGUUCUUCCGCAGGCAGCUGUUGCCCAGGCACCCCCCUGCCAACAAACUGUGAUGUCUGUGGGGAACACCAAGUUAUUGCCUCUAGCCCCUGCUCCCGUUUUUAUUGCCUCUGGUCAGAGCAGUACGCCUUUGAUAGACUUUUCCCGGAGGAGGAAUUACGUUUGCAACUUUCCUGGCUGCAGGAAAACAUAUUUCAAAAGCUCUCACCUCAAAGCCCAUCUGCGUACUCAUACUGGAGAAAAACCAUUCACUUGCAGCUGGGAAGGUUGCGAUAAAAAAUUUGCCCGUUCUGAUGAGCUUUCUCGCCACCGCCGAACCCACACGGGGGAGAAGAAGUUUGCCUGUCCAGUCUGCGACCGCCGUUUCAUGCGUAGCGAUCACCUGACAAAACAUGCACGUCGUCACAUGACCAAGAAGGUGCCCAGUUGGCAAACAGAAGUUGGCAAACUGAAUCGAAUUGCGGCUCUAGAGAAGCCAAGGAAUGAGAACGCUCUGAGCAUGUUCCUCCCAAUGUUAUCGCCAGGGUAGUGGGCCAACUGGCCGAAACACACAUUUUGUGAUGAACUUUAUGGUUCCCAAAAGUACCACUUUUACUGAUUUUUAACUUAAUUUCUACAAGUUAUGCUUUUCUGUUGGGGAGGAUGGGAAAGUAUUUUUCUCUCUCUCUUUUUC